ACAAACAUACACACUCUUCUUCUAGAUCCCUCUCUUCUCUCUCUUUUAUCCUCAUUUUUAUAUUCUCUUCUUUCCUUCAUUGUUCAUAUAACUACAAUGAGUUCAUCAAAUAACUAACUCAACAAAACCAUACCCUAUUCUUUUUUCUUCAUUGAAAAUUGUUUUAUUUAUUAUUCUUUUCUAUCUCAAACACACACGCACAUCUCUUCAUUGUUUCAAAUCUGAAAAAACCAUGUUUCAUCUUGCAAUUUCAUCACAAAGUAAUCCAUUUGUGAUAAUAAACAAACCAAAUUUACAUAAACAUCACAAAAGACCAACCAUAACAUGUUCACAACAUCACAAGAAUUCAAGAAACUUCAUUGAGAAACAAUCUCAACAACCUACAUUCAUGGUUGACACACAUAAAAAUUUUGUUGUGAGAGAGAAUAAGAAAAAGAAGGAAGAGGAGAAGAGUGUGUUUAUUGAGAAAGAGGAGAAUAAGAAGAAGAAGAAGGGUUCAAGUUCAAGUACUAGUGUAAUUGGAGGGAAACAAAUGCUUAUAUUGUGUGGAUUUGGUUAUUGGUUACAAGGGUUUAGAUGUUUUCCUUGGCUUGCUCUUAAUUUUCAUAUGGCUAGUAAUCUCAAUUUGGACCCUUCAAUAUUGCAACUUGUACAGUAUUCUGCUAAUCUUCCUAUGGUGGCUAAACCACUCUAUGGAAUUCUUUCUGAUGUUAUCUAUAUUGGUGGUGCUCACAGAAUCCCUUACAUUAUCACUGGAGUUCUUUUGCAGAUCUUUGCUUGGAAUUAUCUAGCAUUCGUCCCUGCUGCACGUGAAGUGCUUACCGUCUUAGUUGCAGCUGUGCUUCUCAGUAACUUGGGAGCAUCCAUUACUGAAGUUGCAAAGGAUGCUCUUGUAGCUGAGUACGGGAAGAAACACAAAAUUGGCGGUCUACAAUCAUACGCGUUCAUGGCAUUAGCUGCAGGUGGAAUCUUAGGCAACUUGGUCGGUGGUUAUUUUCUACUGAAACUGCCUCCAAGAAUCAUGUUCAUGAUAUUUUCAUCCUUACUAUCUCUACAACUAGCAAUUUCUUUCUUAACAAGAGAGGAUUCUUUAGGCAUACCACAACCAUCAACUCUAAAUCUUGCAACACAAUCCAUCUCGGAAAAUAUCAGAAAACAAGCGUCGGAUCUUUUUGUGGCUAUCAGCGACAAAAGUAUUUCUUACCCACUUUUAUGGAUCGUUGGAUCAAUUGCCACUGUUCCAAUGCUUACAGGCUCCAUAUUUUGCUAUCAGACACAGUGUCUAAAUCUUGAUCCUAUGAUCAUCGGUUGGUCUCGAGUGAUUGGUCAGUUGAUGCUUCUUUCAGGAACCGUGCUUUAUAACCGAUAUUGGAAAAAGUUUCCGAUGAGAAACCUGAUAGGCGCAGUGCAGAUCCUUUACGCUUCAUCGUUACUUCUUGAUCUUGUUUUGGUUAGACAGAUAAAUCUUAAAUUCGGAAUUCCAAAUGAGGUGUUUGCUCCUUGCUUUUCGGGUUUGGCGGAAGUUCUAGCACAGUUUAAACUCCUUCCUUUCUCGGUUCUAUUCGCAAAUUUAUGUCCAAAGGGUUGUGAAGGAUCUCUUACCUCUUUCCUUGCAUCAACUUUGAUCCUAUCAUCAAUAGUUAGUGGCUUUUUCGGUGUUGGAUUGGCCUCUUUGCUCGGCAUUACAUCUGGUGAUUACUCAGGCUUGACUGUGGGAAUUCUUAUACAGUUUGUCGCAGCUUUACUACCUUUAAGAUGGAUCGGUUCGAUACCUAUGUCACAGUCUGAUUCGGAGAAGCAAAGAAGAAAAAGUAUGAGUAGAAGAGCGCGUAGAAACAGAAGAGUUGGAAAAGUCGUGAUUGGUUCGAUUAAUGCCUAUAGGCGCGAAAGGGAAUGGGAAUCGCAAAGGUGAAAAUGAUCAAUUCUUACCUUUGUAGCUUUAAUGAUCAUGCAAGGAUGAUUGGUGCUUAACAUCUUUCGAAAAUGAUUCCUUAUGCCAUCGCUAGCUCACACGAAUUGACUUCUGCUUCAAAGCUUAGGAUUUUGCUUUGCUCUAUGUUUGGAUUCUUAACAUGGAGCCAACACCUUGUGAAUUGUCAAAGGUGGUUUUUGAGGAGAAUGCUAACACGUGUCCUUAGGACAUUGAUUAUGAAAUCAAACGAGGUAUUUUUGUAUAGGAAAACAAUGUAUUUAUUACAUUGACCGGCGUUUUACUUGUAUAUUCAAGAUAAAUUUUCCUCCAAUGUCGUUAAGACACUUGUUAAUAAGACCGUUUGAAUUUUAACAAUCUACAUCUUGAUGCUUCCUUUGAUAUGUACUCUAGCUACUUUGGUACUUUGUUUUCA